AAAAAAAACCGUGUGAAGUUUAAAAAGAAUACCAAAAUGGCGACCCUGCGUGGUCGACUUUUCCAUGCGGUCAAAGGAGACAUAAGGAGUUUACAGUUCAAACAGGUGCGGUUACCUGACUGUUCCUUGUUUCGCUACAGUACUGAAGUAACAACAUCUGAACCUCGUUUGUUAGAUGAAGAAAUAGAUACCGAUGAACUGAAUCAAAUUCGUGAUGUCUCAAGACUUUCUCCCGUUCUCAAAGCAAAACUAUACAAUGAAUUUCCUCCGAAUUUUGGUGAAAGAGAAUCUGACAAUAAGAAGCAUUAUCGCAGGCGAAUAUUUGCUAAAUUUGGGAGCAGCUCCAACCUCGAUCCGGCCUCUAUGUGGCCAUCGAAAGCAGAAAUGCGAGAACUAAUUGAAGAACAAGCGAAAUACGAAGUACCUGUUCAUGUCAUGUUAGAAAAAUUGAGAGUGGAAAGAGAGACGGAAGAAGAAAAAGUGAAAUUAAGAGAGCAGAGAAUCAAAGAGAAUAUGAAAGCUAUGCCAAAAUUGAUUGCCGAAUUUCAUAAGCAGACUGAACAGAAACAACUGUUACAGAAGAAACAGGAAGAAAAGAAAGCCAAGCUUCUUGAAGAGGCACGAGCAUACUUUGGUUAUUCGGUGGACCCACGCGACGAAAAAUUCAAGCAAAUGUUGGCUGAGAAAGAGGCUGCAGAAAAGAAAGCAGCAAAACAACAGAAGAAAGCUGAGAAAAUGGCAAAAGUUACUGCCAGGUUAUCGAUGGGCAAUAAAGAAUCUUAAAUUAAAUAUAUUUUAUACAAUGUUUGAAAUGUGUUCUGUGUUGAAUCGUGUAAUUAGGACUUACAUUUAUUUAUUGAACAAAAAUAAAAAGAAAAAAACGAAAAUUAAA